AAUAAUUUGUACGUAAUUGAUAAUAAGCAGAAAAUAUGAAUAACACAGAGAGUGCAAGCUACAGAGCCGGCGAGGCCAAAGGCCGAGCCCAGGAGAAGGGCAGCCAGCUCCUCGACAAGGCCGGCAACGCUGCUCAAUCCGCUAAGGAAUCCCUUCAGGAUGCUGGAUGUCAGGCACAAGCCAAGGCACAAGGUGCUGUGGAUGCUGUCAAGGAUGCUGUCAACAAAAAUUGACCAUGCCUCCAUCAUCAAGCGUUUCUCGCAAUUUAUUUCAUCUUUUUUUUUUCUAGAUAGAUUUUGAAUUAGUAAAUCAUUUGUAGGCUUCGUUCUGACAUUGAUAAAUAGUCAGCGAUGAAGUUGCUCUCUAUUAUGAGCGAAUAAAUAUAUUAAAUAAAUUAGGGCUAUUGGCCCUUAAAUAUACAAACUA